GCUAAAAAAGUGUACACUUAUACAAAAUAAAACACGGUUUUGUAUGUGUCUAGCAAAUAGCCGAAAACGACAACAUCGACAAGACACGUAGAAAAUACUUAUUUUACUUUUUAUUCGCCGUUCGACUCAUAUUCCCAUAGUCUAGAGCUAAAGUAUUACAAGUUCUCGAUUGAAUUUUAAAUAUAUUUUUAAAAAAAAACACUUAAAAUUAUGCAUUUCAAGAGCACCCUUUUCGUCUCCAUGAUGUUAUUUCUAACUUCGACAUGGAGCACUGGAUUGGACAGUGUUCAGUUAAUACGUUUGCAUGAACUGUUUGAAAAUCACAGUACAAGUACCAAUGGAGUUGAUGAGGAGCAAAUCGCACAAGUCGUGAAAGAAUAUUUUGGACUGGAAUGGAAAGAUACGGAAAAAAUGUUCAACUACAACAAAGAUGAGUCUGAUUCUUUGAAUUUAAAUAAUUUAUUACUUACGUUAGCAAAAAAAGGCGAAAAAAGCUCCGACAAGGUUAAAAAACUCACGUUUUCGGAUGUAAGCUUUUAUCUAGAAGAGUUCGAGGAAUGCAACGAAUUGGGUUACCUUAAUCUUCAACAGCUUUCAAAAGUAUUCACUAAUUGGAAAACUGUAAAUGAUGCAUUGAACGCAAAAUCAGAAGAACUUAAAAAUGAAAAAGGCGAAGACCAUAAAAUUAUUGCUACUGAGUUUUUGUUGAUCAUGAUAGAAAUCAAACCAGAAGGUCAUGGUCUAAACAUAGCACAAAUAGAAACGUUUGAUAGUUUGUACGAAGCACAUAAGACAUCCGGUAGCAUUGAUCGUGUAGCAUGUGAAAAAGUGUUCGAAGAGCUUGGUAUAACCGUAAAUGACGAAUUGGAACUGCUAUUUAACUCCCAGCGACCAGCUGAAAGAUUGUUGAUGGAUUUAAUCAUCCUUGCGGCAGAACGCAAUACGGUGGUUGAGGAAAAUGAAUUGAGUGUAUUAAGGCUAAACGAUGUCGUAACUGCCAUAAACGAAUUCAUUAAGAUGGACCGUAACAACGACUAUGUACUGUCUCCUGAGGAGUAUGAAGACUACUUGAAUGGGUCGAGCACUGCUUUUACAGGGUCGGCAGAAACUGUCAGAAAAGCGGAAAAUUAUUUAAGGAAAUUCGAUGGUUUUCAAACAAUAAAUGCUUUGGAAUACAUUGAAAGCUGUAUUUUUCAUGCAAAAACAUCCAAUGACUUUAAACUUUAUACCGUUGGUGAUAACUCACAAGCUUUAACAAUAUUAAUAUAACAUAUUCAAUAACCAUAUAUAUAAUAAUAGAUUUUAAAUAUUUUUAUGUGUUUUCAAUUUAAAUA